AUCGAGUGCGAAUGAAAUAUUCCAAUCCAACAACCGUCAUCAUCGUCGUCGUCAGAGAGGUCAGUUUGUGUGAAGAAGGAAGAGUGUGUUGUAUCGUGGUGCAACAAAAGCAGCAGCGUAGUUCACUCGUUUUCGUUACCUGGGGAAGAAAAUUGGGUAAAACACUACUCUGUGUGAGUGGAAAAUUUCCGCAAUAGACUGCCAGAUUCGAUGAGAACGUGAAAUUGAAGGCAGAAAACUGCGAAGAAAGGAAAAACGACUGCUCUUCUGUCACAGAGAGCAGCAGUGAAGUAAAGUUUCUUUAUCCGUCUUGGCAGCAGCAGGAGCAAUACCGAAGAAAGAAGAGAGUUUGGAUUAGCAGCAGCUUUUCAGUUUUGUUCAAAAUGUCCGAGAAUCGCGAGGAGAUUCUAGCGAAUUUUCAGAGUAUAACCGCAAUCGAGGAUGUUGCUGAGGCUAUAUACCACCUAGAUGAGUGCAACUGGGAUCUAUUGUCUGCGGUCCAUCGGGUACUGCCACAGGAUCCCCAAGACCAGCGAUCAGCUGCAGGUGGCAGUGCUGGUGGUGGUGGUGGUGGCAUCGGAGGCGGUGGUGGAGCUUUUGCUAGUUAUUCAAAUAAUCUGAACAAUCUGGAAGCCAUGGCAAAUGUCGAGGAACUGAUGACGGCCCCGUCAUCGCCAAUCAAGAGCACACCCGGAGGAACCGCAGGUAGCAGCGGUGCUUCCAGUCACAGUCGAAAUUUGGAUAUCGAUUUUUUCUUCGACGAUCCUUUCGGACUGAUUGAACCAGGAGCAUCCACAUCCCGGUCCAGCAGCAGCAACGACUUUCGCAGUGCGCUUAACUUUCUGGACGUAACGCCACAUGACGUAGUUUUUAAGAUUCACUUCAACAGCGAGGUGCACAAGAUCACCGUCCCGAACACGGCAACGGUGGGUGAGCUGAAAGCCAAGAUCUGCGAAAAGACAGCUGUCCCGGUGUGUCGGCAAGCGCUGAAGGGAUGGGAAUCGGGUAAACAGAAAGACUUACAGAAUUCCUCGACGGUGCUCAAGUCGCUCAACAUAGGCAAAGAGGUAAGCCUCAUGCUGGCCGACAUGACUGGAGAGGGUUUUUUGGGUGAUACUGAUCCAGUGUCACAAAACCGCCUAAACUACACGCUACACAUCAACGUCGAACCGGAGGGAAACUUGUUGGAAUUGAAAUUCCCCGGUCAUCAGAACAUUCUGUCGAUCAAAACCGACGUCUACACGAUCACGGACAUUCCGGUGCGGCAUCAGGUAUGGUUCGGCUGGCCGAACAAUGUAACCAACAGCACGACGCUGGCCGAGUCCGGCGUGGAGCGGGACCACAAUCUCAUACUGAAGCGUGCCGACGAGGCGGCAAAGAUUACGAACAAUAACAACACGGCCAGCACCAGUACGAGCAGUAGCAGUAGGAAUGUGUACAAUAAUAGUGAUGCCAGCAUGCCCAUCAUUAUCGAUUCGGAAAGCAGCGAAGAGUUUGAGGAUGCAUCGGACUUCAACAACGAUGAUGAUAUCUUCACAGAAACGCCUAUCAACAGCCACUUGAAGCAUUUGAUUCCUGACAAUGUAGACGACGAAGCCAUCGGUAGCAUACAGUUCGUGGAGAACUUUGUCGAACGCUAUGGACCCCAGCAUCCGAUGUUCUUCCAGGGUAGCCUAGAGGAUGCACUGAAGGAAGCUUGCCGUCCAUCAGCUCGGGAUCGUAAACUGUUGGCGAUCUACCUUCACCACGACGGCAGUGUUCUGACGAACGUCUUCUGCGGUCAACUGUUGGCGUGUGAGAGUAUUAUCCAGAUGUUGUUGGAUCACUUCGUUCUGUACGGGUGGGAUCUGACGUUUGAAAGCAAUAAAAAUAUGUUUCUGUCCUCCAUAUCGGCUUGCGUUGGAAUGACCGCUUCGAUAACGGUUCGAAACAUUCCGACCGAUCGGUUGCCAGCCAUUCUUGUGAUAGCGAAAAAUCGUAGCCAGUGCGAAGUUUUUCAGGUGAUCUAUGGUAAUGUCAGUGUGGAUGAUUUGCUGUCGCAGCUGAUGGAAGCGUCAGACAUGUACGGUGAGCAGCUCAAGAUCGAACUACGAGAGGAGAACGAACGGUUAGCUCGGGAGCAGGUGAAACUCGAGCAGGACACUGCCUAUCGUGAAAGUUUGGAAGCCGACCGAGCCAAGCAGGAAGCCAAACGGCAAAAGGAGCUGAUGGUGCAAAGCGAGCGUCGCCGGCUGGAAUCCGAGCGGGCCGAUGCCGAAGCAAAGCGAGAGAUGAUCCGGGCACAAGCACGAAUUACCGUUCCUCCCGAACCGGAGCAGACCAUCGGGGAGAACAUAACCAAAAUUAGGGUAAGGGCACCGACCGGGUCGAUGCUGGAACGACGCUUCUUUACAGACACUCCACUGCGCAUUCUACUGAACUAUAUCAUCGGCGAAGGGUUCCUAGUCGACGAGUUCAAGGUGAUCUCCAGCUGGCCGCGAAGAGACCUAACGGCGCUAGACUAUGAUAAUACGUUGAAGGAUCUGAAGCUCUACCCCCAGGAGACCCUGAUACUGGAGGAGCGAUGAUUCGGUUGUGCUGCCGAGUGGUGCCUCAUUGCAACGCUAGAUCGUACAUUUCACUACAAAACAACAAUUGAGGCGCAAAAUGUUGGUAAUUUAUGUCCCCCUCAUCCCCCAAACCCGCCAGUCGUAUGCGCUGCUCGACGCAUUGAGUUUCCUUUCGCUUCGAAUAUGAAGGAGGAAGUAAGCGAAUCUUAUAAAUUUCGUCCUUUUCU